AACCGCCAACACCACAACCACUCCAGCCGCCACCCGCCAGCAACUGAGCUUCUGGCGCCUCCUCUCAUCGCCUUCUCCCAAGCAGCAGCUCCGGAGACCCCCCUGUGUCUUUUUUCCCCGCAAUUCAUCCGUGGCUACGUCCUUCUCGACAAUGUCUCUUCCUAGCCAGGUCACCAACUGGCUCUACAACGUUUUGCAGCCCCAAUACAUCAACAAGCAGGUCGCCUACACCCACUUGUACCAAUUCCUCGAAGUGCACCUCAAAAAGAACCUCCGUUUCAGGAUCCGUACCCAGGUAUUCACCUCAGGCGAUGGACACUCCAACCUCUUGAUCAACCUCUUUGGAACCAUAUCAGCCAAAGACGCCAGCGUGCCAGUGGAGAUCUGGGUGCCGUUGAGCUAUCCUUUUGCAGGAGGCACUCCCUUGGUGUUUGUGGUUCCCAAGCACGAAGAAGGCUUAUACUUGAGACCUGGCAACCAUGUGGAUACCCAAGGACGGAUCUACCAUCCGUACUUGGCUGCCUGGCACAAUGAAUGCACUCCAGAGAACCCUGAGGCCACCAGGUUCAACUUGUUGGAGUUGAUCAACGUGGUGUAUGAGAUCGUCACCAAGGAGAACCCAAUCCAACUAGCACCAAAUCCACCAGGAGUCCCUGCCCAGAUGUCACCAGUCGCCACUGGCCCCAAAUUGCCACCCAAGCCAUCCAUACUGCAGUUGGGCACACAAUCCACUGCAUCUGGCGAUCCGAAUGCUCCCCAAAAACCGCUGAAAGUUCCCAUAGCAGGAACGAGUUCGCCUGUUAGCACCAAAAGCCCCAGUCCAGCUCAGGCACCAAACCCCGUUCCUUUAAAGUACCAAGCACCCUUGCCUUUGCCCGACGAACGGGCACAACCCGCUCUUGGUCGCCCACAACCCCCAUUAGCACAGCCGUCGCAUGAAAUUCACCAUCAGCGAGUCCCCUCCGGUCAGAACUAUCCCAUUGAGGCCAACCACCAGCAACGACCAUACCCGAAAGCACCGUAUCAACCUCCACCUCAAGCGUAUCAAUCGCCAAUCAGUCCACCUCAGCUAAAUCAGACCAAGUCGCCAGUGAGAAACCAACCAGCACGGACGAAGCCAGCUGCCCCUUCAUUGGACCUUAUGGAUUCGAACGAAGCAGCUGUCAAUGGUGGCUCCAGAGCAAAUAGCGAUGGACAUAACGAGCAAGCACUCAUUUCAAAUGCUCUUCAAUUUCUCAAUGAAGCAUCCUCUGGCAGUGCCUUUGCAAUUGCCCCAGAAGCCAAGCACGAAGAAGCCAAAAUCAAUGCCUUGCACUCGCAACUCACACACCAUCACCAGCAAGCAGAGGCCAACUCCAAGAACCUUGACGAGCACAUUCGAUACUUGGGACAUCAAUUGAAAAAUGUGACCAAGCUCAACCAAGAGCUCAGCGCCUUGGAUGAAGUCAACGCUCUGCAGGCAGACCGAGUACUGACCAAAGACACAACUUUGGAUCUUGACGACUUGAUCAUCGCAGACCUGACUCUUGUGAAGCAAUUGUACGAAGUGGUUCUGGAAAUAAAGGCCAUCAAGGACACCAUCAGUUUGGUCAAUGGGAGCUUUCACUCUCAGCCCGAGCUAAUCAACGAUUCACGGAUUGACAUCUGUGUGAAGACGGUGCGGAACCUAGGAAGAGAGCUCUUCUGGUUGGAGUUGACGAAGAAUGAAAUAGCAUCAAUCAUGGACUUGGAAACCAACUAGAACAAUCGAUACUACGGAGAGAAUGGCAAAUGAAAAAUGGAUUUUCUGGAGAUGCAAAAUUCAGCUACAUUUUCAAGAAGAACUCCCAUCGUGGACGACUGUCCAACAGCUUACAUGCCAGGAAAGUUAUAGACAGGAUCCAUAAAUUGGCUCCAUACAACCUGGAAGGUACUGGCUCUCCAGUUCAUGAUAUAGCAUCACAAUAAAAAUCCUUACAUCAGGAAGAUCCGAGCUUCAUUAUUCUGGGAACACCAGCUUAUCAAGUAGAAUUAGUUUGAAGAGGAGUGUAAUGAAAUCAUUAUCUGUAGUAAGGAAGGAA